AUGUUCAACCUGGACGCUGGAGCGAACCUCCACUCAACCGCCACUCCCAGUUCUACCCAGAACCCUGAAAAGCCAGCCGCUACUGCCCGCCAUCUGCUAGAGAGUUUCAGAAUACCCGCGCUGGCAGUUCCCCACGGAUGCGUCGUUCGUUUCUUGCUCAGCACCCUCAAUCUCAAUCGACCCGAGGAGCCAUGCAGCGCCUUCAGGGUGCAUGCUGGCUCUGAGUCUCUGACAGACUGGCGAACACUGGCGAACACUGGCGAACAGGCUGCUGAUUUGUCCUCUUCUCCGGUGCCCGCCCGAUGA